CCCACCCCAGGGUCCCCUCUCCACUCCAGACUCCCCUUCCUCCCCUCCCCCCGUCUGUGCUCCCCGCUUCUAGCCUUCGCUUACACCCCUUCGCAGGGGCCCAGGUGGUAGAAGGGAGCGAGGAGGAGGGGCCCGAGGCCAAGGUGGAAGCAGGGAUGGAGCCCGGUGAACCCAACAGGCUGCCAUCAGAGCCCGCGUCGUUGGAAGGGGAGCGCAGAGCAGAAUCUAAAUUAAAACAAGGCGUUUCACAAGACUUGGUUUCUUCCCCCAAAUUAGACAGAUUCAAAAUAGCAAAGCAACUAACAGACAAGGCAAUCAAGGAAAAGAAGAUCUUCUCCAUCUACGGACACUACCCAGUGAUCCGGACCACCCUGAGGAGGAAGGGCUGGGUGGAAAAGAAAUUCCACUUUCUGACCAAGUUCGUGCCGAGCGUCGACGGCGACGGGGAAGGGGUGCCGGACAACAAACAUGCUGAAGGCAAAGAGAAUCAAGAUGUGGCUUCAGAGAAAGCAGACGACAUCCACGAUGUGAUGUCCAGGUUGGUAAAAAAUGAAACGCCCUACUUCCUCUGGACAAUCAAAAGGGACAUCGUCGACUAUCACAGCCUGAGCUGUGACCAGGUGCUGAACCACUACGGGAAGACCGCGUCCUUCACCACCAAGAUCGGGCUGUGUGUGAGCAUGCGGAGCCUGCCGUGGUACGUCCAGGCCAACCCCGACACCUUCUUCCCGCGCUGCUACAGCCUCUGCACGGAGGGUGAGAAGCAGGAGUUCCUGGACGACUUCCGGCGCACGGUGGCCUCCAGCAUCCUGAAGUGGGUGGUCAGCCAGCAGAGCAGCAGGAGCAAGCCGAGGAGCAGGCGGGACGAGGCCCGCGAGAGCGCCGCCAGCCGCAGGAAAGACAGUACAUUCGUUAUAACUGAUGAACCCACACUGACACGUCAUCAUCAGAGUCCACAGUCUACGCCAGGGCUUCCUCUUGGUUUGGACAAAGUUCCUGAGGGAGCAGGAUCGAGGCUCACGGGCCUGUCAGGGCAGCUCGUGGACGUCGCGUGCAAGGUGUGCAAGGCCUACCUGGGGCGUCUGGAGCACGAGGACAUCGACCUCACCGAGGACGCCGCCAGGGCCCUCACGGAGGACGAGUGGAGUGACCUGACCCAGCAGUACUACGCGCUCAUCCAUGGCGAGGCCUUCAUCCCCAGUUCCAGAAAUCACUUUUCGCAGUGCCAGGCCCUGCUGAACAAAAUCGCCUCCGUGAACCCCCAAACCGAGAUCGACGGGUUUCGGAACAUCUGGAUCAUCAAGCCUGCAGCCAAGUCCCGAGGCCGAGACAUAGUGUGCCUGAACCACGUGGAGGAGAUCCUGGAGCUCGUGGCUGCCGACCAGCCGCCCGCCAAGGACAACAAGUGGGUGGUGCAGAAGUACAUCGAGACGCCGCUGCUCAUCUAUGACACCAAAUUCGACAUCCGGCAGUGGUUCCUGGUCACCGACUGGAACCCGCUGACCAUCUGGUUCUACAAGGAGAGCUAUCUGCGCUUCUCAACGCAGCGCUUCUCCCUGGACAAACUGGACAGCGCCAUCCACCUGUGCAACAACUCCAUCCAGAAGCACCUGAAGAACGACAAGGACCGCAGCCCCCUGCUGCCCUGUCACAACAUGUGGACCAGCACCCGAUUCCAGGAGUACCUGCAGAAGAGGGGCCGCGGGGCCGUGUGGAGCAGCGUCAUCUACCCGUCCAUGAAGAGGGCCAUCACCAACACCAUGAAGGUGGCCCAGGACCACGUGGAGCCACGCAAGAACAGCUUCGAGCUGUACGGCGCCGACUUCAUCCUCGGGCGCGACUUCAGGCCCUGGCUGAUCGAGAUCAACUCCAGCCCCACCAUGCACGCGUCCACGCCCGUCACGGCGCAGCUGUGCGCGCAGGUGCAGGAGGACACCAUCAAGGUGGUGGUGGACCGCAAGGCCGACCGAAACUGCGACAUCGGCAACUUCGAGCUGCUGUGGAGACAGCCUGCGGUGGAGCUGCCCACGUUCCAGGGCUCCGAUUUGCUCGUGGAAGGCGUGGGCAUGAGGAAAGCCAAGAAGCAGAUGCCAGUGAUCGCCAGCUUUGACUCUGUGCCUCCGCUCUCGGACAUCCAUCUGCUGAAACAGAGGUGCCCCUCAGCCAUGCUAGACCUGGACCGGGGACCCCCACUCAUGGCUCUGCACCAGGAUUUGAAACUGAGAGGCGAAAAGGUACUUCCUUGCACCUUGCCUGUGCACUUACACAGGCUGGUGGAGAGGAGCGCUAAAGCCAAGAGUGGCCACAGGGAGUCCGGCAGGAAGCUCGAACUCCCCUCCUGCACCUCUCAGCACCCAGACAACAAGGCCCCCCGCCCCGCUCUUGCCAAGGCCGAGUCCGACAGACACUCAGAUCCAAACUCGUUACAUGUGCACCCACUGCCGCCUGUGCUUCCAAGUGUGAAGACCGCAGAGGGUGCUCCGUUUCAGCCGCCCAGACCACCAGGCUGGAAGUCCAAAACCGAGGUGUUGGCACGGCCGGGCUCUCAGAGCUGUAGAACCUCCCGCCUCUUCCAGCUUCUGGCGGCCACUGGCAGUCCUUGUUCCCUGGCUUACGGACACAUCGCGCCAGUCUUUGCCCUGCUUCACGCGGUGUGCUUCCUGUGUAUCACUCUGUCCAGAGUUCCCGCUCUGUUAAAAGGACAGCAGUUGUUGGAUUGGGUCCUGCCCUCCUCUGAUGUGACCUCAUUUUACCUUGAUUACAUCUUCAAAUGGUGGACGUGAACCUAGCAGGUGGGAACACCGGGCACUGCGAGCGUGGCCAGAGGGAUGCGUGCUGGGCGGCUCCCUUUGGUGCCAGUCCCUGGUGCUGACGGGGGCUUGUUUGCCUCUGGAGGAGGUGAUGCUGUGCAUUUGCUUUGUCCUAUUUACUAAUAAAAUGGCUUAUUUUCAGACACACACCGGCCAUCUAGGUCUCCUCCCCUGAAAAGCGGGUCUU